UAAUCCAUCGCCUUUAUAAAGUCAACAAAAUUUAGAAAAAGCUGGCGAUUUUUAAGAGUGUUUUAAAUAUAAAUAAACCAUAUGUAUUAGUUAGCAAAAAUGUCCUGCUUUGGCUGCAGCAAAAAAUAUGGACUUUUCACCAAGGAGCACGGUUGCCCCAAUUGUGGCUACUCCUAUUGCGUUAAGUGUCUCAAGCGUCCAAUGCCAGUACCACGACAAGGUGGUAAGGUGUUAAAUGUAUGCUUAAUUUGUUACGAUAAACUUUCAAAGUUGCAAGCGACUGAAAAAGUGAUUGACAUCGAUGCAUUACCAGGUGUUUUGGUGACCAAAUCUAAAGUGCAUAGAGGCACCGAACCGCUGGUGGCAGCUGCUGCGGCAUUGUUAGAAGAUGAUCCACCACCGGAUUUAGGUGUAGUUUUAGCGCCUACAUCCAGCGCCUCCAUAAUAGCUACUGAAGCUACACAUUCCAGUAUAGAUAAUACAGAAAUUGAAGAAAAUUUAGAUUCUGUUAUUUCUAAACGCCUCAAAGAUCUAAAAACAAUUGAAAAUCCUUCAACAGAUGAAGAGAUACGUACACGACUUGCCACAUUAAAUGGCAUGCCACAAAAAGAUUACUCCAAAAAAGAUUUGCUACUCUCUACAGAUGAGCGCACAGAUCAGCAAAAAAUGCAAGAUCUUUUAGAACAAUUUAUGGGUGAAACACAAAUCGAUCGUCAAGUUGAAAGUGAACGUAAAGACGCCAUAUCCGAUAUUGAACGAAGGUUGGCGGCACUUCGAGAACACCCGGUAGAUGGUGCGAGUAUCUUAGGAGCAGGUGGAGUACAAAAAGAGCACUCACCAGACAAUAAUACACCUAGUGAUAAUGAAGAUGACGAAGCGGUACUAAAAGCUGUUAUGCAAAAGUAUUUAACAGAAGCACGUCUACCAGCUGCACCUACCGACUUGGAAGCCGAACUAGCCUCUGGUGUGCCACCUCCACCGGCUGGCACACGUCCCGCUGAUCUCGAAGAGCUACCAUGGUGCAAUAUUUGUAACGAAGAUGCGGUAUUUCGUUGUAAGGGCUGCGAUGGUGAACUAUUUUGUGCGCAAUGCUUUCGAGAGUGCCACAACGACGACGAAGAAUAUCGCGCACAUGAAAAGGUUUUGUAUUCUGCUCCACCAAAGUUUAAAGAAAAUCACUUUUAGCUUAAUACUUUGUAAUGCAAUAAAUAGUAACUAUAAAAUUACGGAUAUACAUAUAUGUAUGUAUUUGUUUAUUCGUACAUUCUAUUGAUACAGACAUGUAACAUAUAUAAUUCGUAAAGCUUUUAUCAAAAUAAUGAAAAUAAAAAUCAAACCACAUAUAAAAUACAAAAUAUAAUAUGAUUUCAUUCAAAACUUCUUAGAAUAUUGAGUAGAUGUACGCAUUAACUAAUUUAUGGUAUGAACAUUAUUUAGGCUUAAGAACAACAAACAAUUACAAGUAUAUGAAUAUGCAACUUUAAA